AUGACAAGCACAAUCGGAAUACCAAUUAAGCUCUUGAAUGAGGCCCAAGGUCAUGUUGUCACUCUCGAGAUCACAACUGGACAGGUCUACCGUGGCAAGCUUCUGGAAGCGGAAGACAACAUGAACAUUCAACUCAAAGAUAUCACGGUUACCGCCCGCGACGGCCGUGUCAGUCAUUUAGAUCAAGUCUACAUUCGAGGCUCACACAUACUUGGGGAUAUGGGUACCAUUGUGCGUAAGGCUGAUGUCAAUUACAACAGGAAUGCGCCUAUGUUCAAGAGUAGAAAUACCAGGGGCAGAGGUGUAGGAUUGGCAAGAGGAAGGGCUACAGUUAGCAGGGCGAGGGCAAGCGGACGAGGAGCACCAAGAGGUUGA